CUCAACACUAACAGCAAGACUGAUCUCUGAGGCAAAGUAGCCAACAUCUCAAACGAUAGUACAUGGCACUAGAAACCAGCCAAACAUGGUAAGUCUCCCGCAUCCAUUCAGCGAGAUCCCUCGCAUCCAAUUAACCUAUGAUCGGCCGGUCGACAUUGAACGGCUGCAGCGACUCCCGAACCAGGAGGGGAUUAAGGAGGGAGACAUCUACAUUGCUCGCGAUGACUGCAACUCUGGCCUCGCGUUCGGAGGCAACAAGGUGCGCAAGCUCGAGUACGUCUUGGCGGAUGCUAUCGGCCAAGGUGCGGACACGAUAGUCACGACCGGCGGGACCCAGUCGAACCACAUGCGCCAGACGGCUGCGGCUGCGGCAAAACUAGGCCUAAAAGUUGCUCUCUUCCCAGUGACUGCUGUUCCAUCAGACGAUGCAGAAUACAAAUACGCAGGCAACAUCCAGCUCAACUCGAUCCUCGGCGCCGAGACCUUCCCGCCAAACACAAGCCAGGACGACGUCAUCUCCACCCUCGAAAGCCGCGGGCAGAAGCCCUACGUGAUCCCCGCGGGAGCAAGCACGCAUCCUCUAGGCGGCCUAGGCUACGCGAGGUGGGCUUUUGAGCUCCUCGAGUGGGAAGACGAGCUCAAAAAGUCUAUCUCGAACAUCGUAGUCGCAGUCGGAUCCGGCUCGACCUUGGGCGGCCUGGUCGCCGGCUUCAAGCUCGCGCAGCAGCUCGGCCGUGAUGGUUCGCGGAAGCGACUGGUCGGGUACUCGAUUCUGAAGAAGCCUGAGGACGAUGUAGCGGGGCUAGUGUUGGACAUUGCAAGGACCGCGGCGAAGAAGAUUGGGUUGGAUCCCGCGUCGAUCACGAGGGAGGACUUUGAGAUUGACUAUGAGUACCUGGGGGGCUCUUACGGUCACCUUGAUGAGCGGACGGCGGAGGGCAUCAAGGCGCUGGCUAGGACGGAGGGAAUCCUGACUGAUCCGGUCUACACCGGUAAGGCAUUUACUGGGCUGCUGCAUACUGCAAAGGCAGGAGGGUUUGAUGGAAAAGCCACGUUGUUCUUGCAUACCGGUGGCCAGGCAGCUCUGAGUGCGUACCCGAAACUGACGGAGUAAACUCAGUGCUUUUGCUACUCAAGUCAGAGUCAUCGAACAAGACUAGAAGUGGUGGAUGUUUUGGAAAAUGAUUU